AUUUAUCAAAAUUCUUAAGUAAUAUGGAGCGUAUCGAUGAGGAGGAAAGAGAGGAAGACAACAACCAGCAGCAAUCUCCAGGAUCUAAAGCAUGCAUUUGUGAUAAUUGUAAGCGAAGUGAAGAAAUUCUCCUGGAUCGACUGACGCUCUACACAGAAAGCGAAUAUUAUGAUUGCACUUUUCGUGUAGGGAAUGAAAAUCCCAAGAUUUUCAAAUGUCACAAACUGAUCCUCGCCAGAGCUAGUGAGGUGUUUGCCAAGAUGCUGUACGGCGAUUUUAAAGAAGGUCAAAAGAGUAAAGAUGAUGCUAUUGUGAUUGAAACAAACAUCUCCCCUAACGCAUUUGACUCGGCCAUGAGGUUCAUCUAUGGCAAUGAGAAAGUCUUCCCAACAACUUCUCUGGCCUGUGAGGUGUACAAGUUUGCAGACAAAUGGCAGAUAGAAAAUUUAAGGCAUGCCGCAUCGUUGGAGAUUGGAGAAGCAGAGUUGGACCAGAUCUUGCUGGUGUAUGAAAUGUACAAGAGUCUUGGCGAUAAACACCAGGAAGACAAUUAUCUAAAGGUCAUCGUAGGCAACACGAGCGAGAUCUUGGAAUCUCCUUACUGGAUUGAUGUUGCGCCUUCCACAGUUCUCGAAAUUUUCAGUCAGCCCAAACUAAAUGUCGACUCUGAGAGAGUGCUCUUUGACGCUCUAGUCAAAUGGGGCGAAGCGAAUUCCGAGUCUCCAGUAGAUUUACGAACCAAUAUUGAUAGUGCAUUGAAACAGAUCCUAUUCAUGACCAUGGAAUCAGAAGAAUUUGCUGAGUUGUGCGCAACGAGCGAAGACAUUUUCAGUGUUGAAGAGAGAUAUCAGAUUUUUAUGAGCAUUGGACUGCGUGAUUUCGAACAAUUGCCACCUGACUUUUCAACAGGAUAUCAAACCCGGCAUCAACCCCAUAUUUAUUUCUUGCUGGAUUUCAACCCUAGAUACUGUGUUUGUGAUGCAACUGUAAACUGCGACUCUCCAAUGUCCAGCUUCACAUUUGCAGUGAGGGCAGAGGUAUCGAUUUUCCUUUCAAAUUUUGAACUGAACUGUUUAGUCAGGAAAGAAAACUUUGGACUCGAAGCAGACAUAGUUUGCUGUUUGAGCACUCAUGACUUUAAAAAGAUUUUAGGCGUAGCCACGGUCAAGGGCACAAUUGGUCCAGAAACGAAGACAGUCGAGUUCCGUCGGCCAGUCUACCUUUCUAAUAAUACUUGGUACACAAUCUCCAUUAGCUAUCUAAAGAGAAAUGAUUUACAGACAAAAAUUUUUGAGUACAAAAACCUUCCCCACAGAUCAUGGAGUUGGCAACCUGCUAAAAAUUCAUCCAUAAGGGUUUAUCAUUAUGAAAGUCGAUUUAUACAUACUGAUAUUAACAAGAUUAUUUUCUCUUACCUUACAGAUCAAUAAAUACCUUGAAACCGUCACCG